AUGCCUCCUAGACGGUCGCACAAAAAGUCGCGCGCGGGGUGUCGGCGCUGCAAAAAUCGCAAGAUAAAGUGUGACGAAGUUCAUCCACGAUGUGGAAAUUGCUCCAAACAUGGCGUCAUGUGUGAUUUCGAGAGUCGCCAAGUGCUCGAUGAGCUGCACACGACCUCCACCCCGACUGUCAAGAGCCCGCAGGCGCCUAUAUCCGCGCCCUCUUCAGUAAGCCCGGUUUCCAAGACCGCGCCAGCACCUCCAACGACAACGACGUCGACGACGACAAAUGCGACGACGGCAGCGUCACUGACGACAGCCAUGCCCUCGUACGAUGAUCGCCGGAUAUCGCCGCUGCGACUUUCUCCCCCGUCCACCGUUUCGACACCGUCGCUCACGCUGCCGUCGGUCCCUAUCAUCACGUCCAUGACCAGGCAAGGAGAUAGGCUUCUGGAGUUCCAACUGUGGCACCAGUACAUCACCAGCACCUCCAAGACUUUGGUCAUGAAUUCUCCCGCCAGUACAGACAUCUGGCAGAAGGACGUCCCGCGCUUCGCCCUCGAGGGUCGGACGUACUUGAUCGAUGCCGUCCUGUCCGUGGCUGCUCUGCAUCUGCGCUUCAAGAAUCCCGAUGACAAGGUCAUGAUCGAGGCCUCGCAUGCCUAUUCGGCGUCUACCUUGGCGGAAUACUGCCGCUCAUUGAACAAGGGCAUCACAGCAGAGAAUGCAGAUGCCCUGUUCCUCACCUCCUGCCUCAUCGCCUUCCAGGCGACGGCCUCUCGCCUGUUUGUCAAGGAGGACGGCGAUCCCUCGGAUCCAGGCGAGCCGCAUCGCCGAUAUGCGCUGCCCCUCUCCUGGUUCCACGCUUUCCAAGGCGUCAAGACCAUUGUGGCCACCUCCUGGCAGUGGAUUCGUAAUAGCGCCACUGUCAAGGUCGUCAUUGACUCCCAGCCAGGCUUCAUGGAUCUGAACCCCCUCGGACCCGAUUCCUUUUUUGGCCAUCUUCUUGAUGACUUGGACGAGGAACUGGAACAAGAGGACGAGGCUCACAGGGCGGCCACCAACCAGGGUUACUUCCAUGCCGUCUGCGUCCUUAAUUGGGCUCACAAGAAUCACUACGCUCCUUCUGCGCUGGCCCUUCCAUCAACGGUGUCGCGUCGUUAUGUUGAGCUUGUCGAAGCCAAGAGACCUCGUGCGCUAGCCAUUCUGGCCUGCUUCUUCGCGUUGCUAAAGCGUAUGGACAAUGUGUGGUGGUUGGAUGACGUUGCCCGGCGAGAGGUCAUGGGCCUCGUGAGCCUGUUUGAGACUGGUUCGAAAUGGUGGAGGCACCUUGAGUGGCCCAUCCGGAUUGCGCUUUGGGACGGAGAAGCGGAUGCUAUUCCGGCCGAGAUCUGGGGCGUGGAGCGCAAGGAGAACCCAAGCAUGCCGUCUGCCGAGACGAUACUCAACCACAUUGACCUGAUGGCCAAGAUGAUGGACAGCACCCAAGGUCCUCAGUCAAUAGAGUCGAUACCCGUGGUGGGCGAUUUGGGCGGCUUGGUUCCUCCGCCCCUCGACUGA